AUGGUCAGCUCCUGUUGUGGCUCCAUCUGCUCUGACCAGAGCUGCGGCCGAAGUCUCUGCCAGGAGACCUGCUGCUCCCCCAGCUGCUGCCAGACCACCUGCUGCAGGACCACCUGCUGCCGCCCCAGCUGUGGUGUGUCCAGCUGCUGCCGCCCCGUCUGCUGCCAGCCCACCUGCCCUCGCCCCACCUGCUGCAUCUCUAGCUGCUCCCGCCCCUCCUGCUGUGUUUCCAGCUGUGGCUCCAGCUGCUACAGGCCUACCUGCUGUGUCUCCAGCUGCUGCAGGCCCCAGUGCUGCCAGCCUGUGUGCUGCCAGCCCACCUGCCCUCGCCCCACCUGCUGCAUCUCUAGCUGCUCCCGCCCCUCCUGCUGUGUUUCCAGCUGUGGCUCCAGCUGCUACAGGCCUACCUGCUGCAUCUCCAGCUGCUGCAGGCCCCGGUGCUGCCAGCCUGUAUGCUGCCAGCCCAGCUGCCCCCGCAUCUCCAGCUGCUGCCGCCCCUCUUGCUGCGGCUCCAGCUGCUGCCGCCCGAGCUGCUGCCUGCGCCCAGUGUGCGGCCGGGUCUCCUGCCGCACCACUUGCUAUCGCCCCACCUGUGUCAUCUCCACCUGCCCCCGCCCCGUGUGCUGUCCCUCCUCUUGCUGCUGA